AUGGUGUCCUUUGGAAAAGGAGCGCUGGCGCCCAUCAGGAAGAAGCUGGUGAUCGUGGGGGAUGGUGCCUGCGGAAAGACGUGUCUGCUCAUCGUCUUCAGCAAGGACCAGUUCCCCGAGGUCUACGUGCCGACGGUGUUCGAGAACUACAUUGCCGACAUAGAGGUAGACGGGAAGCAGGUGGAGCUGGCCCUGUGGGACACGGCGGGACAGGAGGACUACGACCGGCUGCGGCCCCUCUCCUACCCGGACACAGACGUUAUCCUCAUGUGCUUUUCCAUCGACAGCCCGGAUAGCCUCG